GCUUAUCGAAAUAACUCACUGAUCUCCUGAUGAUUCUAUGCGUUGGAGUACAGCGCCAUUUUGAGCUCUAAUGGCAGGAUUCGGACAUCUGUUCCGCAAUCAAGCAUCCUCUUACGCAGCUUACCGGCCAACCUAUCCUUCUGGCCUUUACGAAGUGAUCUAUGAUUUUGCAAAACUAGCCUCAUAUGACUCAGCACUCGAUCUUGCGACGGGAAGUGGACAGGCUGCAGCCGUGCUCUCUCGCAAGUUCCAACGGGUCGUGGCGCUUGACCAGUCCGAACAGCAGCUAAAAGAAGCUGUACGGCUACCCAACAUCGAGUAUGGCCACGCCAGCGCUGAAGAGACAGGCGUGCCGGGUGGCAGCGUUAAUCUUGUGACAGUCGCACAGGCUCUGCACUGGUUUGACCUGCCUGCGUUCUACAGAGAGGUCCGAAGGGUUCUGCGGCCUGAAGGUGCAUUUGCUGCUUGGGGGUAUGACCUUUGCGAAUUCAAGGGCAAUGAUGCGGCAAAUGCGGCACUGGAAGCCCUCUAUAACGGCACUCUGGGACCCUACUGGUCAGACAGACGGCGCCUCAUCGAGAAGCAGUACAAAGGACUCGAGCCUGGCCCUGAGCAUUUUGGAGAGGUGAAGCGUGUCAUCCUGGACACCAUGAGUGCAGAGAUGUCUGUGUCUGCCUUGAUUGGAUACCUCAGCAGCUGGUCUGCGUAUGCGACGUACAGAGAGCAGCAUCCUGACCUGCCAGAUCCUCUGAUCAAGUUCAAGGGGGCUUACAAGGCUGCCUUCGGCUUCACAAGUGACGAGGACAAGGCCACUGUGUACUGGCCGCUCUUUGUGGUCCUGGCAAAGGAUCCCCACCCCUUGAAGUAGAGGGCCAUUUGCUCGAUGUUCGGCUUGUUUCCUGUCUGUUAUUUUUCUGUGAAUCCUCAGAUCUGCCCAGGAUAUCUCUGUGUACUGGGCUACAUAGCACUGGCUAAGGUACUGCCUGCUUUGAGACUAGUUCCACCCUGACGGCGAGUCCGGUUGUUUUGGUGUUCAUAUGCAUGCUUGCUGCUGAACUGCACUUUCUGCUACUUGUUGCUGACAGUGCCAGGCUGUUAAGAAAUAUCCAGCUUGACUUUGUACUCCAAAGCUUUAUGCGCUUGGUAAUGAAAAUUGCCACGAGCUAGAAUCACCUGUAAAUGUUUAGAUCGAUUUCAUCACCAUCGAUGAUAUCAUUAAUUGCAGACAAGGUGCUUGACAGUGAUACAAUGUAAGGCUGUUCCCGGGGUGCUGGC